AUGCUAUCUCUGCUCUUACCCCAACUAAUCGGACUCGGCGGUGGUUCGCCUGAGAAUACCAGUAUCACCAGUCUAGUUUUCGGUGCUCUACCGGUGGCCAUCAUCGGCGCCGUGACCUGGCUCAUCAUGCAGAAUCGCGACGCCGUCUUCACCUGGGUCAUCGAUCGAUUCACCGUGACUGCGAAGUUCGAGAGCGGCAAUGAGGCCUACGCUUGGGUGCAGUCAUGGGCGGCAGCGCAGCCCGAGUGGUCUAACUUUCGGCGGGUCCAAGUCGCGAGUGCUGGCGGCCGCAAUGAUGUAUUUGGGUGGUUCCAACGCUUCAUGAAGUUGGAGACGAGUAGACCGUAUUGGUGUCGCCCGAUCGACGGCGCUUGGAUGUUCUGCCGCUUCAAGGGCGUGCACACGCUACUCACCUUCCACGAUCCCACCAACGAUGGAGGAUACCGUCCAGCUGUUAUCACCAUUCAACUGUUGACCCUCGAUCAUAAACAUCUCGCCGUGUUGCUUGAGGAGGCCCGUAGAUUGCACAAGGACGCACGCGAAGGUCUGACAGUCUGGACGCACCCCAGAGCACUCUCGGGACCGGACGUCGAGUGGGAGAACUGGUGUAUGAUGGACAGGCGCUCGAUACAAUCACUAGUGUUGGAUGAUGACAUCAAGGCUAAGUCGCUCGAGGAUGUGCGCGAUUUCUUGAGCGAGGAGAGCAAGCAGUGGUACAAGGAUAACUCGCUACCAUACCGGCGGGGCUACCUUUUCUACGGUGUGCCAGGAUCGGGAAAGACGUCGCUCAUCCACUGCAUUGCGAACGAGCUUGACCGCGACGUAUGCGUUGUGACACUCUCGGCUGUAGACGACACCACUCUGCCGAAGUUACUUGGUAGCACACCGGAAAAGGCCGUUGUGAUCAUUGAAGAUAUCGACGUCGCGAUUCAAAACUCAAAGACGGCGGCCAAUGAGUCUCGCAGUGACAAGUCCGAGCGCAAUAACCAACCCGGACGAUCCCAAGACGGCUUAACCCUGUCAGGUCUCUUGAACGCCAUCGACGGUGUGACCUCGCAGAACGGGCGCAUCCUCUUCGUGACAACUAACAAGGAAGCGGCGCUUGACCCGGCUCUGACUCGCGCUGGCCGAUUAGACGUUCACAUCGAAUUCCGCAAUGCGAAGAGCCAACACGCGGCGCAGCUCUUUCGGCGAUUCUACACGGUCAAGUCAAGUUCGAAGCCGGGCACAUCGCUUUCCUCUGAGGAGGUCAGCGACCUUUCGCAGGUCUUUGCCGAUGCCGUUCCGGACGGUGCACUCGCUAUGGCCCAGAUCCAGAACUAUCUGAUGUCGCAUAAGCGUGAUCCCCACGCGGCAUGCGAUGGAGUACACGACUGGAUAGCACGCGAGCAAUUGAAGGCGAAGCAAAGGCAGAUGCGCUCAGAGGUCACUGAUGCGCCCAUGGAAGUGGUGCUGUGCUCGCCGUCCGAGCCUAGUUCUCCCCUUAGCGAUGCUGGCUCGGCUCCAACGCUAGCGCCUUCGCCUUCCGCCGAUCACAAACUGCUCUUCGAGACUGUACGGGAGCUGACACAAGCCGUCUCUGUACUGGCAUCGGUGUCCUCCGACAUCUCUGCCACUGCUCCUUGUUGCUCGGAAAGGGCCCUUUCCGAGAUCGGACAUGGAGACACGCUUCAGAUGACAAGCGGAGAUAACGCUGCUCAUCUCAAGCUAGCCGACCAGGAGGGAGCGGAUCUUGGCUUGGCACUCCGCUCCCUCUAA